AUGUCUCAAUUCCGUGCAAAAAAACUGGACCUUUCCGGUUUCAUCAAUGCCCGCAUUAUUCGUGAUCACACCAAGCGAAUGGUUUUCGCUGAGAAUGAGCCAGAGAGACAAGCACUUCGAUAUAUAUCUCACAACACUAGUCUUCCUAUGCGAGUUCGCGCUCAGGCGCAACUGAAGCUUUCCCAGAUGCACGCUUAUACCAGACCUUCGCAAAUAAAAAACAGAUGUAUUGGUGGAGGAAUAGCGAGGGGUGUAUUCAGAGACUUUAAACUGGCAAGAUAUCAAUUUAGAAUGCAAGCCCUAGCCGGAGAUCUCCCUGGUGUCAGGAAGGCCAAGGACCUGCCCAAGGAUCCUGUGUUUCCUGCGAAUCUCAAGCAACUCGGAUAUUUCAUUAAUGACAAGGAUGAGAUACGCAUGAUCUCGAAUCCAGAGGAGAAAUUUCUCUAUAAAAUCAACGCCAAUGAGCGUUAUAAUGAGCUCCAGAAAGAAGCGAUGAACACCUGCAUUCGAAACAUCGUUUUAUCCCGCCUACAUGAUCAAGGGCUAGAGACAUUACGGCUGCCUCUCGGGGCUAAAGCAAAUGAACAACACGUACCGAUUCUGGUCUCCCCCACGUUUAAAACAGACGAACGCAUUAUCGCUGUCUUUGGCGAGCCAGUUCAGGAUCUCGGCAUUUGGGCAUACCGGAUUAUUGGCCAUGAAACCAUCAACUCUGGGUCUGCAGUGGACUUCUCAGCAGCUGUCUUACGUGAAAAAGGCGAAUCUCCAACACCAGGCCUCAUCCUGACCAACCCUGGGCAAUUAGUUUGGCACUGCGCAGGUGAAAAGGCAAUCUCAUUACCUUCAUGGCUGGCACUCCCUAGGAAACACGCCGUUGAGCCGCCUAUGAAAAUGACCGUUCGAAACAAGAUACCCGGGCAUGAAACUUGGCAGGAUCAUGUUACAUAUGUUUUUGAUGAGGUGCUGGGUAAACUUGCUCCAGAUGCGAAGAUCGAUAUUAUUGGACUUGCAGAGGGCAGUCUUGCUGCCGUUAGGUACCUGGCUGAACAUUGGUCGACGUGGAAGUCUUGUAUAUCUUCCAUGGCACUUGGUAACCCGUUACAUGACAUGAACCAUCUGCACCCAACUGAAUUCGCAGAGUUCAUAUCGACUCGUUGCCGCGCUUAUCUGAUCUCUGACAAGGAGUUAGGUCAGCCUGUGGCGGGAAGAUACGAGUAUAGCUGCAACUGUUAUUCGUCUGGAGAGUCGAAAAACGUCGAAUGCAUCAUCCCUCGGGCCUAUGAAAGUAUGCUGAAAUGGCUUGAUGAUAUGCAUGACAAACCGGAACUGAAGGAAACCGAGGUGUUUGUUAGUGAGGACUUUGGAAGUGCUGAAUCUGGAGAGGAGUUCGGCGAUAGUAAUGGCAACGGUGCCAUAGUAGAGGAGCUCAACUAG